GCGGAGGGAGGCGUGGGAUGCUGGGAAGCGUGAGAGCUCCCAAAGCUGCGACCAUGGCUUGUCCCCACGUGGAAUUGUGACGCCACUGUGAUAUAUUGUAAGAGAGCGGUUUUUCCUCCGGGGGAGGAUGAUGGAGAUGUUUUUCCCCAGGUGAAGGGGCCGGGCGAUGCGAACCUUUCUAAAGGGUUCGGAGGGGUGUUUUCAGCUGAAACCACGCACCACGACGAUAGGCAGGCACCCAGGGGCCGACAUCGUUCUGCAGGUUUCCCUGCUCGCCCCUUGAUUGCCAGUCCGCAGGUGUAGCAGAUCAUCACGCAGCCCUUCAAUUCGCCCCCUCGGACAACAGCUUCAUCCUUCAGGACUUCGACUCCCUCCAUGGCACUUUCAUCAACGGCUGCCAAGUCCAAAACGUGGCCGUGAAACUACUGACUAAGGGAGAAGUUGGGGUUUGGAUCAAACCUCGAGCGAACGAAAAGGCACUUUGCUUGGCCGCGGCGUGCGGAGCUGGAGACACGGCGGUGCUCGGCACAGCACAGCCGGGGCAGCGCUGAUGGCUUUGGGGUGCGGGAGAAACCCCAAGCGACUGAAAACUGGGAAAGGACGUGGCCGAACAUAGUGGCAGGCUCCUGUCUCCAUGGAAAAAAAACUCUUUAGGGAUGUUUUUGGAGGUCAUUGAGCUUUUGAGUUACUAUAUAGGAUGCAGGCAGAAAGCCGUGUUGCGCGGUGACGCAGAGGAAGCCCCGUGGGUGUCUCUUCGUUGUGCUGGGCUCUGUGAUCUUCGUAUGGUGGAAGAGCUUUGAAGCCCGGCCCUGCUGACCGCGGAGAGUAAAUCACCUCUGCCUCGCACCCUGGGAAGUGCUUCUGGCGUCUAACCUAGGGAGGUCUCGCUCAUUUUCAGUAGUAUCAGUGCAGUGAAGAGGAGCACCACCCAGAUGUCUUAUCCCCCUGUGAAACAUGUCUCAGCGUGGACCGGGCACCUCCAGGUGGUUGCAGAGCCCAAACCCUUGACUUUGGCGUCUCCUCCUCUCCUCCCCUCGCUGCAGUGGCAGUAUCCCUCUGGCUCCCCAGGCUAGUGGGCUACCAGAGCAGCCAGCCACAUGCCACAUCCACCGCCAUGGAAGUGACCCCUGAGUGCCUGGGCCGGGAACGUGGCCACCGCCAUCCCUCUGGACGCUUUCAGUAGGAGCUCCGUGGCGAGGACAGAGCCGAGCUUUUGGAUUUAAGGUAGUUUGCCCGGGACCAGGCUUUGCUAUGUUGGCCAAGGCAGUGCUUUCUCUUGGUCUGUGGCUGCAGUUGGCGGCGGGACAGGACGCACCUGAGAGCGGUCCCCAGCCGUCUAUCUCCAAUUCAGAGGGAGAUCUCCUCUUCUUACUGGACAGCUCUGGCAGCGUCUCCUACUAUGAGUUUUCCAGAGUCAAGGAAUUCAUGUGGGACCUUGUGCGACCUUUCACUUUUGGCCCCAAAGAUGUCCAGGCCAGCAUCAUCCAUAUCAGCACGACGCCCACCAUGGAGUUCCCCUUUGACCGGUACCUGUCCAGUGGGACUCUGCAACAAGCCAUCCGGGACACUCAGCAGCUCAUGGGCGACACUAACACUGGCAAAGCGCUCUCCUAUGCCAAGGAGAAGCUCUUCAGUGAUGAAGCUGGUGCCCGGCCAGAUGUGCCCAAGGUACUGGUUUGGGUGACAGAUGGUUUCUCCACCGACGACAUCUCCGAGCCCAUGCAGCUCCUGAAGGACAUGGGAGUAACGGUCUUCAUUGUCAGCACUGGACGGGGGAAUUACCUGGAACUCUCUGCUGCUGCCAGCCAGCCUCCUGAGAAGCACCUGCACUUUGUGGAUGUUGAUGACCUACCCAUCAUCACAGAGGAGCUUCGAGAUGCUAUCCGAGGUGUUAUCCAAGCAAAUCGGCUCCAUGCAGUAGAUAUCACCUCAAGCAGCUUCCGCCUGAUGUGGCCUGAACUUCUCUCCCAAGAAACUGGCUACUACACCAUAGAGUAUGCCCCAAGAGGUGAUCUAGCAAGGAAGAGGACAAAGCAAGUGUCCGGGGCUCACACUAGCCUCACGCUAAGCAACCUUGCACCAGAAACUACUUACGAGGUGGCACUCAUUCCUGAAUCCAACGUCCACUACUUCCCUCCCCAGACAACGAGGGUUACUACACUGGCAGAGGAAAUAAGCCCAGCUCAGGUUCUCAUCUCGGAGUCCGGGCCACGCAGCUUCCAUGUUAGUUGGGCUCCUACACUGGAGAGCGUGAUGGGCUAUCAGAUCCUGUACGGACCGCUCCCUGGGAACUCGGUGAAGCUGCUGGAGGUGGACGGCAAGCACAACAGCACUGUGGUGGAGAAUUUGGCACCCAAUACCACCUAUCUAGUGACGGUGACUGCAGUCUACAAAUCGGGGAAGGAGAAGUCCCUGUCGGCUAAAGCGUGCACUCAGGAAGAGGGCUCUAAAGUGAGGCACCUUCGCUUUGAAGACAUGGGCCCCAACACCCUGAAAGCCUCCUGGGACUCCGCCGAUGGCAAAGUCCUUGGUUACAGAGUCAGAUGCCGACGGCAAACUGGCCCUUCGUCUGUCAUCAGCGUUUCGCCGCAGAUCCACAGCGUGCUCCUCACAGACCUGGCUUCGGGCACCACCAACAAAGUGUGCGUGAAGCCCAUGUACAAGAACCAGGCAGGCAAAGGGCUGUGCCGCAUGGUGCACAUGCAGCCAGCUACAGAGGCCCAAGGAUAUAAGCACAGACAGAGAGCAUGACAGACUCUGGAGUGAACUGAUUCCCGGCAGAGCAAGGAAUCUUGCUUAGACAAAGACUUGGACAAAAAGGAGGGAUCAGGGGAGGAAACCAGAAAGCUCACAGAUCAUCUCCCAGCCUGGACUGUCCCUUGCGGUGUCCUGGUUGUCAAGCCGAAAGGCUGUCCUCAGCCAAGUUUCUCCCAAAGCUUAAAGGUUUUUGGCUUGGCUGGAUGGAACAACCAAUCCAACUAAUAGAUCCCAAAUCUGUACCCUCUUUUCCAUACAUAUGCCUGACACAUAACAAACCGAAGGCAAAGAAGUGAUGAAUCCUCACUAUUGCUUGCUUACUGCCUGUUCUCUAUUUAUUAAAUGUUGAUACAGUUUUA